CCCGACUGAUGUAGCAUCUUGUUGCAUUGCUUGGAACAAUGACAGGUGGACAAGAACUGCUGCUCCUGGCAGCAGUGAUCCCUCUUCUGGUGAGAUGUCAGUCGAAGCCAACAGUGUCCAUAUCCCCCCCUCUGAUUGAGAUCUUUACUGGAGACUUGUUUUACUUGCAUUGUAAGGGUGGUCAGAGUGGAAGCCAAGCGACUUGGAGUUUCAAUGACACUGCUGUCGAUGCUUCAUCCAGUGGAAAUAAUAUCCUUAGGAUACCAACUGCUUCCCUCAUGAACUCAGGAAACUAUAAAUGUACAAUCAGCGGCCAAACAAGUGAUCAGUUCCCCAUCAAGGUUCACGCAUACGUUCCCAUUGCAUCACUCACCAUCCAAACAGGCCAUCCAGUGGUGCGAAAAAACAGCAAAGUUAUACUGGAAAUAAGAAAUGAUGAUGGACUGGAUGGAUGGGAAUGCAAAGUCAACCGGGGAGAGGAGACCAAAAGGGUUAUCCUUAGACUGGAGCACAAAAAUGCAACAUCACUCGCUUUUGAAACCACCGAACUGAGAGUCCCACAGACCAUUUAUUGGUGUUAUCACAAGACUAAAAAUCAAAGAAGUAAUCAAGUCAUACUGAGAACCACUGUUAACGAAGUGACUCUGGAAAUGUAUCCGUUUCCUGCAAUAGCAGGAGAGAGAAUGACUCUGAGUUGUCUUGUGUGGGGAACGGAUGAAGUCAAGAGAUCAGUUUUCUACAAAGAAAACACAGUCAUUAAGACAAUUAACGGAGAAUCGUUUCAAUUGGAUUCAGUUAAUGAAUCUAAUGUUGGAAAAUAUAAGUGUGUUGCCACCUACAGACACAAAGGCCAGACUAUUCCAACUCCACAUCAAUAUGGUUCUGAUGCUCAAGAAGUGCUUGUCCAUGCUUCUCCUGUCAGAGCACAACUUUCUGAUCAUGGGACUUGCACGUGUCCAGCGUGCGAAGGCACUAUGUCAUACAGGUACUACAAGAAAAUGGGUAAUUCCUGGAAAAUGCUGGACCCAGAUAUGAAACCCAGUCAUGGUGUCUACCACUGCAGAGCUGUUUCAGACAACAUGAGGACUUUACCCAGCUCCUCUAAGGAAUUUGGAGCCAGUAUACCUUGGUACUUGGGUUUGAUCCCAGUAGGAUUAAUCAUUUUCGGUGUGGCAUUUUACUGUUAUAAGAAGAGAAAUGCUCAAGCUGCAGUGGACAUUUAUGAGCAAGUGCAGAUGAGGCCAACAGGGGAUGCAAAUUAUGAGGCUCUGAAUGUGUCGCGCAUGAAAGGGGGUGAAUAUGACACAAUUCAACCAGGAUCAGAAGGCAGAGAGAAGAAAGGUGGCGAAUACGAGGCACUGGCGAAAACAGGCACCAAGGAGGAGGUUUAUCACACUCUGGGAGAUAAUGUGGCAUCAGGAGGAGAAGGAGGAUACGAAGCCCUAAAAAGAGAAGGAGUCAAAAAAGAUGAAUAUGACACCCUUAAAACCAAAUCAGGAGAGGAGAGGCCAGGGACAACACGUGAGGGAGGAGACGAUGGUUAUGAAGCCCUAAAGAGGGAAGGAGUCAAAAGGGAUGAAUAUGACACCCUUAAAACCAAGUCAGGAGAGGAGAGGCCAGGGACAGAACGUGAGGGAGGAGACGGUGGUUAUGAAGCGCUAAAGAGGGAAGGAGUAAAUAAGGAUGAAUAUGAAACCCUGAAAACCACACAAGCAGAGGGAGGGUCAAGCUCAAAAAGUCAACUGCAAACAGUGGUAGAGAUAAAUCCGACCAAAUAAACGGUGGUUUGAGAUAAAAAUGAUAGGGUGUCUUUCAUCCAGAGGUGAGAAGAUUGGCUAAAAACUGUAACUUCAGUAAGAGAAGCAUUACUUCCACUUGUUUUACACAAGAAGAUGUAAACUUUCCAAACAUUCACUUAAUAAACAACGAACUUAAUUUGAACAAAAACUUGCAUUUAGAGAGAUAAGAACAAAUUCUGGUAUUUCAAUUAAUACAAACUGAAAGCAGUUAAUGUCAUUAGAAUGUACUUUUAAUUCAAUGCAGAUUUAAUGAUAAGAGAAGUUUAUCUUAAUGUAAGUUC